UUUCUGAUUUCUGAAGUUCUCCUUUUGCAGAAUUUCCAGUUAACCCGGGUUACUGUAUGUCUUGUGCAGUCUGUGAGCCCCACUUCUUCUUUCACGCACUGCAAGUUCCCUUUAAAAGCAGCAUUUCUGGAGAGUAACGUGAAUGUUUUGACGGUUGGCGAAUCAGCACGGCGCUCCUCAAACGCGCCCUGGCUCAAUGGGUCGGUGUCAGCACUGCAGCUGUUUGCUUUAGCUUAGCUAGAGAAAUAUAUGACGUUGGACCUUCUCAGUUUGUUUUAGAGUGACAUUUAGAGUUACUUUAUGGCAGAUAGCCCUUCAAAAGAGGAUCUUACGGAUAUUUUGACCUGCGAGAACAUUUCUUACCCUUCUUGGGGCUCCUUGAGAGCCCAUUGCUUAUUUCUCAGAAACGGUGUAAAAGGAACAGCUAACCUAACCGUUAGGUCUAGGACAUGAUCUGCACAGCUGAACUGUAGCGUAGCUUCGCUAACCCAGGCAAAGUUCUGGAUGAACCCCACUGUAAAGAAUGGAGCAACCCGAGAGCAGAUCAAAAGCCUGGUGCAGGAAGGGCGGGUUGAGGAACUCAGGAGGAGGCUGUGCUCCAGGAUGACUUUUGGAACUGCUGGACUGAGAGCAGCCAUGGGGGCUGGCUUUUCCCUUGUCAAUGAUCUCACAGUCAUCCAGUCAACGCAGGGGAUGUAUAUGUACCUGGCCAAGUGUUUCCCUGAUCUGUGUAGCAGAGGCUUGGUGGUUGGCUAUGACACAAGAGCAGAGGAGUGCAGUGGCUGCACCAGUGAACGGCUUGCAAGGUUGACUGCAGCCGUCAUGCUUUGUAAAGAUGUUCCUGUUUAUCUGUUUUCUACUUAUGUGCCUACCCCAUUUGUGCCGUAUGCUGUGAAGAAGAUUGGAGCUGCUGCAGGUGUGAUGAUCACUGCUUCUCACAACAGAAAAGAGGAUAAUGGAUACAAGGUGUACUGGCAGAACGGGGCUCAGAUUUCUUCACCACACGAUAAGGAGAUCCUGCGGUGUAUAGAAGAGAAUCCGGAGCCAUGGGCUGAGUCCUGGAAUGAAGACCUGGUUGAGAGCAGCCCGCUGAGGAGUGAUCCACUGGAGGACGUCUGUCGCUGGUACAUGGAGGAGCUGAAUACUGUGUGCUUCCACAGAGAGCUCAAUGCAAGGUCUCCCUUGACGUUUGUGCAUACAUCCUUCCAUGGAGUUGGCCAUUCUUAUGUCCAGCGGGCAUUUCAGGCGUUUGGUUUUCCACCUCCUAUCCCUGUGCCGGAGCAGAUGAAUCCAGAUCCAAAUUUCUCCACUGUCAGCUGCCCUAACCCAGAAGAAGGAGAGUCAGUUCUGGAGCUGUCCCUUCGCCUUGCAGAGAGAGAGGAAGCCAGGAUCGUGCUGGCCACAGACCCUGAUGCUGAUCGACUGGCUGUUGCAGAGCAACGUGACAGGUGUGGUUGGAAAGUGUUUACUGGGAAUGAGCUGGCUGCAUUGCUGGGCUGGUGGAUGCUGUUUAACUGGAAGGAGACUCACCCAGACCCAGCAGAGACCGAGAGAAUGUACAUGCUGGCCACCACAGUCUCCUCCAAAAUACUCAAAGCUUUGGCACAAAUGGAGGGCUUCCACUUUGAGGAAACACUACCUGGCUUCAAAUGGAUUGGAAAUAAAAUCCAUGAGUUAACAAAAACAGGAAAGGAGGUCAUUUUUUCCUUUGAAGAGUCCAUUGGAUUUCUGUGUGGAAGCAUGGUGCUUGACAAGGAUGGAGUUAGUGCUGCUGCUGUUGUCGCUGAGAUGGCAGCAUAUUUACAUACCAAAAAUGUAACUCUUAACCAACAACUUCAAAACAUCUAUGAAACUUAUGGCUACCACAUUUCCAGAACCUCCUAUGUUGUCUGCAAUGACCCUCCCACUGUCAAGAGAAUAUUCAGCCGCUUGCGCAACUUCGAAGGCGAGGGCGUUUACCCAAAGACAUGUGGAGGAUACAGCAUUGCACACAUCAGAGAUGUGACUACAGGUUACGACAGCGGUCAGCCUAACAAAAAAUCUGUUCUCCCAGUGUCCAAAAGCAGCCAGAUGAUCACAUUCACAUUUCACAAUGGCAUUGUUGCCACUCUUAGGACUAGUGGGACAGAGCCCAAAAUCAAAUACUACACGGAGUUCUGUGCACCACCUGGAAAGAGUGAUAUCUCCAAUCUUGAAGAGGAGUUAAAGAAAGUGACCUCUGCUCUGGUGGAGGAGUUUCUGGAACCUGAGAAAAAUAAUCUGAUUCGCAGAUCAGUGUAGAAGUGUCUUACUUACAAAGAUUGUUGUCCUUGUGGACAUGCUUCAUUCUAAUAGACUUCAACAAUUUGAAUGUUAUUUCUCACUGUGAAAUGAUGUCCAUUGCUGCAAAGUUCUUAAGAUGCAGAUCAGUGCAGAGUAAAUAAGCAUGCUUGGUUCUGCCUUUGUUGUUUAUGUAUUAUGAGUAUUACAGUGGCAUAGAGUGUCUGGUCAAUCAAAAUAAGCAGCAACUUUUUAUUCCUCUCCGUGAUGUUUUUGGUUUUGGUUAGUUAUGAGGAGAUUGAUUAAUUGAUCAUUUUCCACAGUGUGGAAUGUCCCAUCUUGUGUUAUGAUCUGUGCCCUUAUGGAUGUGAUAAGAGAAAGAAUGGAUCAGUGGAUCAGAGCUCACUGCCAAUUCGACAGUCCAUGAGAAUAUUUGCUAUGAUGUUCUUUUCACUUCCUUUCACAUUAUUUUCUGCCAAGAAAUUCUGGCUAGCAUCAGAAGAUCUCCAGGCAUGUCUUAAUAUGCAAGAACCAUUUGAAAGACUUUUCACAAAGUUGUCUAUCAGCAUGUAACCUGAUGGUUAUCCUUGGUAAAAAUAUCUGACAAAUUUGUAUAGAAGAAGGAGGAUAAUACAAAGUAAUAUUUACAUGUGAUGUUUAUUCUCUUCUCCUGUUAUUGACUAAGCAUUGUUAGGGCAUUAUUGAGCCAUUAGAGUACUCUACAGCAGAUUUCUCAUUGUAUCUGCUGUAGGUUUCCUAGAUUGUGAUAUGGCCUACCUGAGAUCAAUUCUGAGCAUUUUCUGUAGAGCUUAAGUGUCCCAGUAGUUUAGAUAAGUUAUAAAAUUCUGAAAAUAGAAUACUUCAUAGUUUCCACUGCUAUCUUUAGCUGAAUUCCAGAGCACCGGAAACUGUCAUGUUUUUUGUGAGCCAAAGUAGUGAUGAGCAUGAAGAUUCUGCACAAAAGAGAGCUAUUUGCACUCAAGUAGCUUUUGUGUGCAUCCCUGAAAGGGAGGAAAUGAUGGCAGUUAUUUCAAAAAUACCCAAAGGAUUUAGCGUUGCUCAGUGUUAUUUAAUAUUGACUUUCUUUUAAUUCAUUAAUGCAGAAAUGUCUGCUCAGAAGUGAUUGAGAAAUUUAAGUCUCUAGAGUGUUAAGCAUUCUUGAGUGUUGUGCAGUGGAUAGGCCAGUCAAGGGUUGUUCUGAGCACAAUUCCAGACUGGCAGAAUGUCAGCUGUAAAGCCUGAUGGGGUGGCAUUACAGUUAAAUGCUGCUUGGCUGUUUAAUGGUCUGGACAGCUUGUUAUCACAGAACCACGUUAUGUGUUGAAAUGUACUAGAGCAGUAGACCUCAGUGUUUGUCCUGAACCACCACUGCCCUGUACAAUUUAAUAUUUCCCUUAUUUCCCCUCCUGUAACACCCAGUUCAAAGCUAGAAGCUAGGCUUGUACAUUAGAUUAAGGUUUAGAAUUAGAGAGAAAUUACAAAAAUGUGCAGGGCAGGGGCACUCAAGGACCAGAAUGGACAAACGCUGUGCUAAACAAUGCUUGAGCUGUGUGAAAACUUCUGUCAGGGGAACAUGGUGCACUUGAGAAAGCCAUCAAACACUGCACAGAUAAAGCAAAUCUGUGUAUAGUAGUGGACGAAAGGGUUGUUUUCUACUGCAAGAAAUGUAUUUCUUGCUGAUUUAAAUUUUUAGUUAAUAAAUUCAAAGUGUAGAUUUUGAAUGCGUUAAUUAUAUCAUAUUGAUCUUAUUUUGCCAUCUAAGUUGGUUUGAUUACAUUUACUUAAAUUCAUGUGUGCAUAAUAAGUCAAGAAGUAAGUAUAUAAAUAACAUAAUACUUCUCCACUCCCACAUUUACCUAUAAAACUAAACAGAAGUACAUCAGCGCUCUAAUAAAAAUUCAUUGUUUACUUGGAACGCACAGUGUGGUGUCAGUGGUGCACAGAAUCGUAGUCAUUGCAGAGUAGAAGUUAACAGUAAAUACUACAUGAUUGUUACUACUUAAAGACUAGGGGCAGUUGUGUAUUGUCACAAAUUUAAUUCACUGUUCCAAAGUCAAAGUAGGGUUUUUUUUUUUACAUAGAGGCAACAAUGGAAAUUAACUAUUUAGUCAGAACCACUUUGCUAACAAUUCAGAACAGGGGAAGAAACCAAAAAUGGAUGCUGCAGUCAAGGCUGCUGUUGAAAUUUAAGUUUUCUUGUUAGAGAACGCUGCUUUGCUUUUCUCCUGCUGGGUAUAACAGUUGCUACUUGUGAUGAGGAGACACCUCCUUUACAGCUGCGCAGCUACUCCAUCCAUUUAUUUAUCCAAAUAUUUAAGCAAUCUCUUUUGUAUGUGGUGUUCUGUGAAUCUUGGUUGAUUUGUGGUUUUGUGUGCCUGUGUACAAGUGGCUUGCACAGUCGUUCAUUACAAAGGAAAACAUGCUGCUCUUUUCUUAUUAAAUUAACUCCUGCAGCAAUGCAGGUGUUCAUUGUAUUUUUUGUUUUAGACCGUGUGAUUUAUCAUUGUUAGCAGGAGAUGGUGAAAUAUUUAUUUUGUAUGUUCUUAACAUUACACCAUGUAUAACUUAAGUCAGGUAGGACAUGACCUGGAUUUUGAGAAGAGGUUAUGAAAGAAAGCGCUUAAUGUUGGUAUAUAAAGUAGUGCAAAGAGAACAGAAUAUAUUUUAGAUAAAUGAGUUUUGAAAACCAAAGGAAGAAUAUUUUCUUUACAGUAUUAUUGUGUGUAAAUCUAAUAUUUAUUUGUGGUGAUACUGAAGCUAUAUUUCAUGCAUUGCAUUUGUUUUCUUGUACCAAUAAAAGUUUGCUUUAGCAAA